GUGGGGUGGUUUGCUGGCAAUGCCAUGGGUUGAUGGCCAUUUUCUUCGUCGACCUUCAUCAGCCACAUCCACGCCCUUAACCAACCUCGCCGCCAAGCAAGAAGGCGUGAAACAACAGCUUGACGCCGUUGCCACAUACGAAGAACCUUUUCUCCUCUCAGCGACUUGGCGAGCUCAACGGCAGACACCUUCCGUGACCUUCUUUGGAUCCCCAUCCUUGGGUAGCCCUCCCUCUCUCUCUCUCCUUUGUUCUUCGACCGCCCACCAAUCCGCGCUGAUCCCAAGUCCCUUCACACAGAACAGUCAUGACAACGCAGCUCCACCGACCCGCGUCGGUUGCAGUCGCGACCUGUCUUUUGGCACUAGCCAUCUUCUGCAUCCCUCCUACGUCUGCCGUCACAACCAAGACCAUCACCCUUCCCAACAACGACACUGCCACGCAGUACACAUACGUCAUCGGUGCUCUCACCGACCGAGGCUUUGACCGGUACAACCAGUCCAUGGGGCGCACCUUCAACGAGUACCUGAACAGCGUCGUGUCGCCCAAGUUCAACGGCCUCGUCAAGUUUCGCUCGUAUCCGCUUCGCUUCCGCGAUAUGCUUGAUAAUGGCCGCGACGGCGACUACGACUUCACCUUUGCCAACCCGGCCCUCUUUACCUGCGGCGAGGCAGAGUUUGGGCUGGCAUCGCUCCUCACUCUCCGUCGCAAAGUGCUCGGCGAGCAGCUGAGUCAGUUUGGCGCCGUCAUCUUCACGCGUGCCGACCGCGACGACAUCAACAGCGCGCCUGAUAUUGCCGGCAAGACAGUCGCUGCCGUGUCCUUCAUCACCUUUGGCGGGUUCCAGGCACAGUGGGGCACGCUCCGCGACGCAGGCCUCGACUUUCUCAUCGACACGCAGCAGAUCAAGUUUACCAAUGACGAGGAUGAGGUGAUUGCUCAGGUCCUGGAGGGAAACAGCGACGUCGGCUUCGUCACCAGCGGCGUCCUCGAAGACCAUGUUGAGAACAGCGGCCUGGAUCUGAAGAAGAUCAAGGUGCUACAUGCAGAGAACGUCAUCACCACAGAGGGUGACGUCUACCCCUUCAUCACGUCCUCAUCCGUCCUCUCCCCAGAAUGGACCCUUGCUGUGCUCCCCAACGUCCCGUGGGAGGUGCAGUCUGCUGUGGUGAAUGCGCUCCUGAGCAUCGACAGCGCGUCCGAGUAUGCCAUUGCUGGCCGCUACGCCGCCUGGCAGCCGCCAAAGUCAUACACCGCCACACGCGCCCUGCAGGUGUCGCUGGGCGUGAUGUUUGCGGACGACCUCGGCUCCUUCCGCUGUGUACGCACGAAGAACCUCAUCGAUGCCGUCGUGUGUCCCUUUGGAUACAACAAGCAGUCCCCUGAACUCGUCGCUUCCGGCUGCUCACUCGCUGGUCUCGACUGCCGUGAGGACUUUGACUGUCUGUGCCAGCCCUGCGAGCCUGCGUGUCCGACGCACUCCCGCCUUACCCGGCGUGGGACGUGCCAGUGCGACAGCGGGUACAUCAACUUUGGUGGCGCGUGUGCGCCCAUCGCCGUACUGGCUGUGACGGUGCUCAUCCCCGUGGUUGGCGCCGUCGUCGUCAUUGUGUGGUUCGCCAUGCGCCACCAGCAGCACAAGUCCGACCUCCUCUGGCACAUCCGCCCCUACGAGCUCAAGUUUGAUGACCCGGUCGAGGUCCUCGGCGUCGGCACAUACGGCGUUGUUGUCAAGGGCGAAUACCGCGGCACCGCCGUCGCCGUGAAGCGCGUUGGCUCAUCAGAUGCACACUCACGUGCUCGUCACGCCUCCCGUGCCACACGCGACAAGCAGGGCGUGCUGAGCCCCGAGAUUAUGGCCGGCAUCCGUGCAGCCCGCGGGUCGAACGCGGCUGGCUCCAACAUGAGCGGGUCGUCUCGCGGUGUGCGCCGGUCCAAGUCCAAGUCGCGGCUGGCGUCGCAGAUGCAGUCCACACGCACGCGCGAACUCCGCGCCAUGAACUACAUCAUGGAGCUGUUUGACGAGGCCGCGGCCCAGCACAUCCACCGCAGCCAGUCCACGACGCAGCUCUCGGGCCGCUCACGCUCCCGCUCGCUGUUCAGCCGUCUCAUCCACAACACCACCACCCGCGCCACCGUCCGCCGUAUGCGCGCGAACUUUGUCAAGGAGAUGCGCACGCUGUCCAAGCUGCGCCACCCGUGUGUGACAACGGUCAUGGGGGCGGUGAUGAUGAAGGGGUGCGAGCCGAUGAUGGUGAUGGAGCACAUGGACCUGGGCACCCUCUACUCCAUCCUGCACAACGAAACCAUGGAGCUCGACGGAGAGACACGCUACUACCUCACGCUCGAUGUUGUCUCUGGCUGCCGCUUCCUGCACUCGAGCGAUCCGCCCCUGAUCCACGGCGACCUCAAGUCCCUCAACGUCCUCGUCGACUCAAAGUUCCGCGCAAAGGUCAGCUGGAGUGCGUGCGUGCGUGUGUGUGUGUGUGUGUGUGUGUGUGUGUGUGUGUGUGUGUGUGUGUGUGUGUGUGUGUGUGUGUGUGUGUGUGCAUGUCUAUGUGUGUGUUGUGUGUGUAUGUGUUGGCUUUCACGAAUCUCAUCGUCACGACACGCAAGUUAUUUCAUCUCAUCCAACAUCCUCACCAUCACCACACUUCUCUCUGCCCUCUUCCCCCUACUUUGCACACCCUCAGUGACAAACCUGAUGAAGGAGCAGAAGGACCACGCUGCGCGCGUCGGCCGCUUCGCCGUCGCCGCUGUCAAGGCCGCCAACAGCACGCUGAUCAAGGAGGACGAGCCAGACCUCGGCUGCGUCAACAUCCGCGUUGGCUUCCACUCCGGCCCCGUCGUCGCAAACGUCGUUGGCACGAAGAACCCACGAUACUGCCUCUUCGGCGACACGGUCAACACGGCGUCACGGAUGGAAAGCAACAGCGAGAAGAACCGCAUCCACAUGUCUGAGGCUGCGGCUGAGCUGGUGUCCAAGCAGGCGCCUGACAUGGUGCUGGAGCCACGCAAGGCCAUGCACAUCAAGGGCAAGGGCAAGAUGCAGACGUACUUCCUCAUUGCAGCCGACAUCGACCACGCCAGCAGCAGCGACACCGCCGCGCUCAUUGAGACCAAGCACAGCAAGACACAGCUGCCAGAGGAGAUGGCCGAAGCUGAUGGUGACGACGGUGACGGUGGAGAUGGUGAUGACGCCGGCACAUCCGAGCAAGCAGCUGGUGCAAACAACAAAGCCCAACUGACGUCCACCACCGCUGCCACCGCGAGCAGCGCAGAGGCCGGUGAUCUGUCUGUGAUUACGCGAGCACGGCAGAAGGUGGCGGCCCUGGAGAACAGAAACAGGACCACAAGCAACGAUGACGAGAAACAGCAACAGCAGCAGCAGCAGCACGACACCAGUGAUGGCGAUGAGGAGAAGGCCGAUGCUGACACCACGACGGCCACAACCCUCGCCAUGGAUGCACCGGGUAGUGUUGAGCCGCAGCCCAACCCGUCAGCGCCGCCACUAAGGCGCGAGCAGGUGGAGGCGCGACGGCAGCUGCUGGAGAUGCAGCGCGAGGUUCCUGCCGAUGAGGUGGCCCGCAAGAAGUAUCAACAACAGCAGCAGCAGCAGCAGCAACAGGAGCAGACUGUGGUUGAGCGCGGUGUGCACGAGGUGAUGCUGAACGGCCGCCUUCGCCGCACGCUGACGGAAACGAUCACGCUGCCAGAGGUGCCUGACGAGGAGCAGCCAGGAUACAUGCGCAGGACCAAGUCUGCAUCCGCCGGUCGCUUCGGCCGCAAGAAGAAGACCACCACUGGUGACGGCGGCGAUGGUCUUGGCGACCGCCACGUGUCCAUCUCCAACGUGCUCAAGGUCAUGUACCCGGAGUCGCUCCGUGCGAGCGUUGACUUUGACAACGCCAACACCAACACCAACACCAACACCAACGGCAGCGAAGGCGUCAACAGCAGCAGCCAGGUGACAAUCCCGCCGACACUGACGGAGAAGCACGAGGAGGAUGAGGAGGAUGAUGACGCUGCGGUGGAGACACCAACCACUGCCCCUGCCAAUGAGGCAGAUGAGGCAGCUGGUACAACUCCAAAUGACGACCAGCAGCGGCGGCAGCAGCAGCAGCAAGAGCUGUCGUUGCAGCAGCGGCAGCAGCACGGCGAUCUGUCGAUGGCGGAUGCCUCUGGCUACUUCUCCAACACAUCCGAUGAAGGCAAGCGCGACGCUGAGGUGGCUCUUGGACACACUCGCAGCACCAAGUCUGCAAGCACCACCCAGCCCGGUAGCGUUUCCUCCCUGUUUGCGGAGGGCGUGUGGUUGGCGGAACCGGGCGAGACUAAACCAAGCGCCACUGAACCAACCGUGACUGAUGCCAUCAUGGCUGCCAAGCUGGAUGGUACCGCCCGCGUGGACAGCGGCUUCCCGCUCUCAACGCGCCACCCGUCACCGCCUGAGCUUGGUGACGCUGCUGAUGCGCCAACGUCCACCGACGUCUGAGUCACAAACCUUCUCGAGCGUUGCGACGGUGUCGUCAAUGACAUUAUUGUUUGUUUGUGUGUUGUUAAUUUGCACUGUGUUGCACAGUUAAUCUGUUGCCUUGUGCUGGUUGUUCUCAGCCAUGUCACUCUCGAUGCUUGGCGCGCACGAGUGGCACUUACAUUACACAGUCUAUGACGGUCUAUCAGAGGGCAUCUUUCCGUUGAUGAAAGCGUGCAACGGUUUGCUCGGGCAUCCUUGCGUGCACCUAUGCAACGCACACGACAGCACGACGAACUGGACAACUUGUUGCGUGAGGACCUGUUCUUGAAGCCACUUGCAUUGGUGCAAUGAGGAAGUGGGGAAUUGGGGCAAGGAUGCAGGGUUCUGGUGUUCUUGGUUGUGGCUUGGAUACAGCUUUGCAUGAUUUCUUUGGUGCGAGUGAGGGAUGGGGGAGUUCAAGUGGUUGUGUUGUGAUGAAUGUGAUGAGCGUGAUGGAUGUUGAGUUUCAUGUUGAUGACAACCAUCAGUUCAUUACAAACAGAAAUGAG